CUGCGUCAAUUGAGUGUGCAACUAUGGCUAAUCCAUGGUGGACCGGACAGGUGGGGCUUCCCGGGGUCGAACCGGGAUCUACUUCACCUAUGCUUCACAAACGCCCUCGAGAGCUAUCGGCGAAUGAAGACAGUGGCAGAGGAGACGACGAUGAAGAGAGAGAAAACGGAGAUGAGCCUAAAGAGGGUGCUGUGGAGGUUGGUUCACGGAGACCUAGAGGAAGGCCACCAGGAUCGAAAAACAAGCCAAAGCCGCCGAUUUUUGUCACCCGGGAUAGCCCUAACGCCCUUCGCAGCCAUGUCAUGGAGGUGGCUGGUGGUGCUGAUGUUGCAGAAAGUAUAGCCCAAUUCGCCAGAAAGCGUCAAUGUGGAGUUUGUGUGCUCAGUGGCAGUGGUUCAGUGGCCAACGUGACUCUCCGGCAACCGGCUGCACCAGGUGCGGUGGUUGCCCUUCAUGGAAGGUUCGAAAUCCUGUCAUUAACCGGGGCAUUUUUGCCCGGCCCGCCCUCUCUAGGCUCGACCGGCCUCACGGUGUACUUAUCGGUUGGACAGGGACAGGUGGUGGGAGGGAGUGUAGUAGGGUCUUUAGUAGCAGCAGGGCCAGUUAUGGUCAUUGCUGCUACUUUUUCCAAUGCAACUUAUGAGAAAUUACCUCUCGAAGAUGAUGAUGAGGCCGGUGGCAUUGGGCAGAGUCAACUGCCCAACGCCACUGGAAAUUCGCCCCCUUCGAUAGGGACCAACGGGGGACAACAACAUUCCGGACUUCCAGAUCCGUCAUCGCUGCCAAUCUACAAUUUACCCCCAAAUUUACUACCUAAUGGGAGCCAGUUGAGUCAUGAUGCUUAUGCUUGGGCUCAUGCUAGGCCAACAUAUUAA